AUGGCGUCCCACUAUCUCAGCACGUCGCCGGAUACCAACAUCCAUUUCACCAUUACUAAAGCACAGUCUCCAUCUUCACCUACGCCCCUUCUUCUCUUUCUCCACUACUGGGGUGGUUCGAGCGCAACAUGGUACAAGCAAACCUCACCUACUUCCCCACACACCUUGAACAACAUAUACAACACUGUUACAGCUGAUCUUCGCGGCUGGGGUCAGUCCACAGGACCUGCAGACUCCGGCGCCAGCUCAAAAGACUACUCCAUUACGCCCAUGGCAUCUGAUAUCGUCUCCAUGCUAUCGCACCUCCAAAGCACCACCUCCCUCCUCGACAACGGUGUGAUCCUAGUCGGUCACUCCAUGGGAGCAAAGGUUACACUGGCUACUCUCUCCAAGCUUUCCGACAAUCAAUUAUCCCUCGUGAAGGGCCUCGUGCUUGUCGCUCCGGCGCCCCCAACUCCAUUGGUACUCCCUGCUGAGAUGAGCGAACAGCAACGCAAAGCGUAUGAUAACGAAGGCUCCGUUCGGUGGACGGUCGAGAACGUUCUGUCCAGCGUACAGAAUAUUUCGGGUUACGAUAUGGAGUUGGUCGUCAAGAAUAGUCUGGCAGGGAGUACUCUUGCUCGGGACGGCUGGAUUCUACAUGGUAUGCAAGAAGAUAUUACAUCUGCUUUAGAUGAGGUGUCUACUCAGCUUGAGGGCCGGAAGGUUAAGGUGGGUGUGCUUGCUGGGGCGGAUGAUAUUGUUGAGAACAAGGAUCGGGUCGAGAAAGAGGUUGCUGGGGCGCUUACCCAAAGAGGCUUUGAGGUGCAGUUUGAGGUACUAGGGGGCGUGAAGCAUUUGAUUCCGUUGGAGAGCCCGGAGAGCGUGGCUAGAGCGAUUCGUUCGAUUGUUGAAUAA